CACCUACCCAUUUCCGUGGACCGAUGGCCCGUCGCCGCUUCGCAGCUCACUAUGGGUACCAAUCCCCGUAUCUCCCUCGAAACCCGACAACUUGUCCUCUAUCAGUUUCAUCAGCUUUGGCGGCGACAGCGACAGAUUGCUGCGGACUUGAUGAUCUCGGAGCGCUCGGUGCAGAGGGUAGUCGGGCAACAACGACACAUUCAGGCUGGGCUUGAGAGGAGAAUCCCUCUCAGUUCUGAAGAACCCAGGGUUCUUCGGGCCUAUGAUCUUGUGAGGCAUUGGAGCUUGGAGCCGUCAAGCAGGUAUCAACAAGUUUUUGGCACUCCACACGAACAGAACCCGCCCAAUCUUUUGAAAUCAGCUGUAAUCAGCCGGUCUCGCCCCCACGGGGUCUAUCAUCCCACGGAAUGUAGUGUAUCUAGGCCCGCACUAAUCAAGAACAUUUAG